AUGUUCUCGACGCUGAUCUCAGUUAGCCUCUGCAACAACAACAUAAUGUUCGCGACCGCCUCGAUUCCCGGCUCCCGACAGGGGUGCUUCAAAUGCGGCAACUUGGGCCACAUCGCUGAGAACUGCCAGUCACCGUCGCGACUGUGCUACAACUGCCGCGAGGCCGGACAUGAGAGCACAAACUGCCCCCAUCCUCGCACGACGGACGGCAAGCAAUGCUACGCUUGUGGAGGGGUGGGCCACGUCAAGGUUGACUGCCCGACUCUUCGGGGCGCCCUUGGGUUCGGGGGAAACGCAGGACACGGAGGACAUGGCGUGUUCGGAAAUUUCCAAAAGUGCUACCAGUGCGGACGGCCGGGACAUAUUGCGCGCAUGUGCCCGUCGUCUCGCCGGGGAGCGUUUGGACCGCCCCGACCCCGCGUCGCCAACCCCGACGGCACGCCGGUCAAGUGCUACCGGUGCAAUGGCGACAACCACCUGGCACGCGACUGCCUCGCGCCCCGCGACGACUCUGCCAAAAAGUGCUACAAGUGCAGCGAGACGGGGCACAUUGCGCGUGACUGUCCGACGAACCAGGUCCAAGUGGCGGAAUAG